CUGGUCAAGUAAGACAGAAGUACAAAGGAAAGAAUCGUUCUCAUUCCCUUCCUCCAAGUCUCUCCUCUGGUAAAAUUAGCAAUAAGGUUUGGUUUGCUUCCUUUCAUCCUGUCACUUUUACCAGGUCAGCAAACUGGCCUUGCCCCUUACGGAGUCUGUGAGCACGGGUGAACCACUGGGCCCUGCCCGGAUUACCCACACCUCAGAAGUCUGCAGCUUUCAAGCUAGGACUGUUCCUGAUUCAUGAUCUCAAAUCUGCGGUCCUUUACAGGGACUUCAUAAAUGCUCCCAGAUGACUGGUCAUUCAUUUCUUCACCAGUGUGACCUGCUGUGUGCAGGACUCUAGACUGGAACCAGAAAGAUGACGGUUCAUGAACCACCGAGUCCCUGCUCACAAGAGGUACCAGCCCACGGAGUAUGAACAUGCAGCCAACUGUGCCACCCAUGCUUUCUGGAUCAUCCCCAGCAUCCUCGGCAGCUCCAACCUCUACUUCCUAUCGGAUGACGACUGGGAGACCAUUUCUGCCUGGAUUUACGGCCUUGGUCUCUGUGGCCUCUUUGUGGUGUCCACCAUGUUCCACACAAUCUCCUGGAAGAAGAGCCACCUCAGGAUGGUGGAGCACUGUCUGCACAUGUUUGACCGGAUGGUCAUCUAUUUCUUCAUAGCAGCCUCCUAUGCACCCUGGCUGAACCUUCGGGAGCUGGGCCCCUGGGCCUCCCACAUGCGUUGGCUGGUCUGGAUUAUGGCCUCUGUUGGCACCAUCUACGUCUUCUUCUUCCAUGAGCGGUACAAACUUGUGGAGCUGCUCUGCUAUGUCGUGAUGGGCUUUUUCCCUGCCUUGGUCAUCCUUUCAAUGCCCAACACUGAGGGCAUCUGGGAGCUGAUGACCGGAGGGGUCUUCUACUGCUUGGGCAUGGUGUUCUUCAAGAGUGACGGGAGGAUCCCCUUUGCCCAUGCCAUCUGGCAUCUCUUUGUGGCAUUUGGUGCUGGUACCCACUACUAUGCCAUCUGGAGGUACCUCUAUCUACCCAGCACCCUGCAAACCAAGGUGUCCAAAUGAGGUGGCCCAAACGCCAUGAAUCAUUUGGGAUUUUGGAGCACAGCAUCAUGGGAAGUGUUUCUGUGAACUUUAGCCCAGAGUACAGUGCUGAAGCCUGUUUGCCCUUCCACAGGGAACAUUUUUUAUGGGUCUGAUGUUACUUCUGGUGACAGCCGGACUGUCCUUUGAAUCCCCAGCAAGCAAGAAAACAUUUACUCAUUUUUACAGAGGAGAACUUAACCCUGUAAUGUGUCUCUAUUUUAGGCAAGUGUUUCCUAAUACAACAUUUAAUUUAACAUCAUUAGAAAAGGGAGCAGAUAUUGUCUUGUCAGAUGGGGAAUGAUGGGCCAGUACAUGCUUCUUAAGGUCCUGAGAAAUCUGGUGAGGAGUCUGGUGGUUUAUUUAUACCAUGUGGCCGGAGUCUUCCUCUUUGCUACCAAAGACCCAGCUGGGGAAUUGUCUCCUGUUUAGGGCAAGUCCCCCAACUUAUAGAUGAGGGAUGGUGAAUCUCCAUGACCGCGGCAGACACGACCAAUCAGUUGCAGCAUGUUGGUAUCAUAAUUCUUUUCAACACAGUGCCCUGAGAAGCCACCCAAUCAAUUUGACACUCUUGAUGGAAUCUCUUUGCCUUUCCUGCUUGGUGUUUCUGACAUGAGAUCCUGGCCAGAGCUCCGAAAAGUCUCCAAGUGGGGAAGUAUCCUUAUCUCUUGACCCCUCUAUGCGCUCCCCAUUUUCCCUUUUGAGGAAGCUCCUGAAGUGGGCAGUUUGGAGCAGAAAAGAGAGACUGAAGUAAACACCCCAAGCAUCCCCUGAUGGUUAGCUCCAUGGUGAUUGGUUCUCAGUUCAGAGAGUGAGUACCUGGGGAUGGCGAAGCCGUUAAUUGGCCAUUUCUUCUCCUUUGGAAAAAGCCAGAGAAACUAUGAGAGCCAUUCAUUGAAGAGAGGGAGGAAGCACGUUUCUGGGAACUUACUUGUUUGCUUUAUUUUGUGGGUUUGUGAUGCCAACAUUUAGACUCUUUCUUGGUGCCAAUCGGCAGCUCUUAGAGGCUGCUCGGCUGAGCCCUAGGGGAAGGCCUCAGCCUCAUUUGGAUGUGCGUGGAUCUGGGCAAAGUGUCCAGGACACCCUCAACCUCUCUGUAUUCAGGAGCUCAACCACAAGGCUCCCAGCAGCCUGUCCCCACAACCCCCUCAGGCUGGGGUCAGCCUCUCUGUAAAAUGCUCCCUGGAUAUAUACUGGGGAGAGAGUGGCAGACUUGUCUCCAGGAUCUGAAACAGAAUCUCAGAAUCUCUGGAUAGAGCCUGUCCCAAGUCAGGGGGGUCCUUAUUCUACAUCACCCAACCCCGGUGGACUGGGCAAGGGUGGGCGGAAACAGGAUGCCUUAUGCUUAGCUCUAGCACAUUCCAGGGUAUUUCAGCGCUCUGCAUCUGGAAUCCCACGUGUCCCAGCCAGUGUGACACUAUCUUUACAGAGUCCUCAGACAGAUGACUUCAGGGCUGGGAAAUGCUUUGAAGGUACUGGCCCUUUGCCUGUGUGUGUGUGUGUGUGUGUGUGUGUGUGUGUGUGUGUCUGGGGAGAGUCUGCACAGACACUGCAACCCCUGGAAGCUGUCUCAUAUGCCUGCCCUGUGGAGCUCAUUGAGUAUUUCCUACCAGCUGGGGUCAGGGGUAGAGGUCAGAGAGGAGGGGAAGGCUUGGAGGGGAGGGCAGGCUAGGAGAGGCUGGCUCCUGGCUGGGGCAGGGACACUGACACUUGACCUGUCCCUACCCAAGGCUGGGGAAAGGGUCAAGUGGGUUCUGGGGUGCCGAUUAGGAAACCUCCCAAAGCAUGGCACCAUGCCAAGCCGCGAUAAAAACCCCAUCACUAGGGUGCUGAUAGACCAAAGCCAGUUUUCGGAGUUGGUGCUUGGGACACUGACUUGGGACUUCUUUAGUGGGGCCUUGGCCCCUCUGAGCUCCUGUCAUCUGCAGCCUGCAUCUCCUCUUGUGCAUUUGACCUUGUGUUUCCCCAAAGAUGGCCUUCUCCUUCAUGCCCCUGCACACUUGGAGGUGCCAGUUCCUCUGGUGGGAACUCUGUUUACUUUCUCAUCCACCCAACUCCUGCUCAUCCUUCAAAGCCUAGGCCAAGCAUCAGCACCAAGAAACUUCCAGCCUUUGUCUGACUCAGGGGCUCCCCCUCUCCUUCCCAUCAUCCCCAGAGUUCAUUGCACCACAACUCAGAGCCCUGUCCUUCAUCACUCAGGUACUUGACCCCUUCUCCUCAAAUCCAGGAGCUCAUGAAGGGAGGAACUGUGUCUUCUAGAUUUGAGAUCAAAUUCUGCAUUCUGCAUUUGUGAGAGCUUGGACCAAUUCUCUAACCUCUCCGAACCUCAUUGUCGUCAGCAGCGAGAUGGGUAUGGCAAGGUAGCACUUCCAGGGCUGCUUGAAUAAUGCAGUAGGAUAAUGAAUGUAUGACCCCAGCCGUGUAUCCUAAUUAGUUCUGCUAGCUGUCUACUUGGAACUGAGAAUAAAGAUGACAUUUUUUUCAGGGUUGUCAACUAAAAGAAUGAAUCACUGAGGGUGGAAUUUCCAGAGAUGAACAAGCUAGUGAGAACACUGGAGGGCAUUCUGAAGGGGCUUGGUGAUGUUUCCUUCCCUAGCGCCGAUUCAGGACACGCUCACCAUAAACUCUUUCUCUUUCUCAUCAACAUUCUGGAAGUCAGUUUCCCAAUGCUCCAUUUUAUCUGGGCCUCGACCUUGGAUAUCCUCUAAAUGCAUCAUCAACUGUGCAGGAAAGGACAGAAAGUUCCUCCUGGUGGUUAGGGCUCAGUCCUAGGCACAUUCUGGGCUGUGCACUGAGCAUGUGGUGUAGAGGGCAAUGCUAGACAGUCACACAUCUCCUGCCUUGGGACCACCUCGUCUUAGGGUGACCCAGCAGAGCUGCUGUCAUGCCCAAGGAGCCAAGGCAGCAGCUGGAAGCAGACCUGCCUGUUUCACAUUCUGGGCACUUCAUCAGCUGCUUCUGAGUCCAGUGAGCACUGCCAGGGUGGGGUGAGUGAUGAAGCCAUGAGGGAAGUUAGGGAAUGAAGGCAGCAGGAAGUAGCGAGCAGGGGGCCCUCCUGUGCUUGCUGGGCCAACUUCCUUGUAAGGUCCUGAGCUGAGCAUGGCUGGGCUAUCCCCAGGGCUGAGAUCUUCCUAGCCAGGGAAGGAUUUGAGUCAAUGUCACAGACCAGAGCUGCCUUUCUCACUAACUGGAAGUCGAAGGUCUAGUGUGAGCAGUGCUGAGCCUCCUCUCCAGCUGGGCAGGAGUGGAAGGGAAAACAUGGUGGGAGGGAUGGGGGAUGCAGAGAUGGGAGUUGCAGAGGACUAGGGUCCAAAGAUCUGAAGUCACCUUGGUUGUGAGUAGGCACCUUGCACAGUAGGACUAUUUAGAGAGUACUGAAAGCGUGCAGAGACCUGUUGCACUCCUGGGUUUUCUGGGUGGUUAACUCACCAAACUCUUUACCAUAUCAAUCUACGAACAUUGCAGAAUGGGUUCUUACAGCUGAGCCUGAGCCCUGCUCCUGGCUCAGGCUGCUCAUGGUGCCCUUGCUGGCUUCGUGCACCGCAGAGGCUCAGGGAGGGUGGUUAGAACUUGAGGGGCUGGGAGAGGGGCACUUGCCGACCUUGCCGCCAUGUACCACGUAAGCAGAUGCUGAAAUGCCAGUUCUGUGGGCUGCGUCUGUGAGAUGCAAAACGUCAGGGGACAUCCCAACAGCCACUCCCAGAGACUGGCCUGACAUCACACGUGUGCGACACAGCAGGGGCGUGGAAAGGAGCUGGAAGCUGUGGGAGGCAGAGCUGACCUGCCUGGAGUUUCUCUUGGGUACCGGUCCCUCCUUGUGCUCAUGUUUCAUAGAUGCUCUCUCUGUUGAUUGACAGCCUCCCUCUGCAGGGUAAGGAUUAUGAGCAGGUCUUCCAAAGCCUUUCCCAGGGCACUCAGCUUCUGACUGGCAGAACAAAGCUUUGAAGCCAGGAUGAGGGUCCCAGGUGUCCAGCUCUUGGCCAGACCUUGCUGCCUCCGAGGAAACUCACUGCCCCAAGUCUGUCCCCUAGGGAGGAAGGCUAAGCUAAAUGAAACUAAGUAAUCAAAAGAAACCCUGGUGUGUACAAACCGCCAGUUUUCAUGGUGUGCAUGGCUCUCACCACGGCUGAUCUUGGACUACCAAAGUGGCAUCACUGAGGAUGGAGCUGGGAAUCUGUUCAUGACUGGCCCUUGCAAGCCCGUCUGAGUGGGUUCAGCUAGCCACUGCCCUGCCGUUUCCCAUCUGUGCCCCCACGAGGGCUGGCCGGGACAGCCAGGAGUGUGAAAUGGUGAGAACAAGUCCAGCCCUGAUGGGGGGCAGUGCAGGGCUAAGCCUGUCACUGAGAACUUGGAAACUUCAAUUUAGGAGUCUGGAUUUUUGGUUUUACUUACUCUGUGUACUCUUAAGAAUUACGGAAGACAUCAAAGAAUAUAGGUGAGCUACAUCAAUUAACCCUCAUUCUACUGGAAAUUAAAAUGGAGGAUAUUUUUAAAUAACUCUUAAUUCAUUGAAAAAUAAACUCACUACAUGUUAGCAUAAGAACACAUAAUUUACUACUAAAAAUAACUAUAUACUUUUCUGAAAGAAGUA